UCGCUUUACAAGCAGACCCUGUCAAACUUUACAUCUGAGCAACAUUUCAAAAUUUUUAUACUUCAAAUUUCUUUCAUAGUUUCGAAAACAAAACAUAAUUUGUUUCAUACAAAGCAGCAACAAAUUUGACGCGUUAGUGCUUUGUGGUGACAGUGAAUUAUACGUGCUAUUGUCAGUAAUUGCAUAUAUUUAUAUGAUUACACCAAAUCUCAAUGCUUAUGUGGUAGCUAAAUACAAGUGUGAUUUUUGCUGUUGUAAACUAGCAUAGGUCAAAACGUAAGGACGGAACGAGUAUGGCGCGUUUAGUAUUCAGUGAAAAACUUAAAGGAAAGCAGCGUUCACGGCCACGCACCAAAGGAUGGCGCGGUGUAAGCUUGCUGCUAGAACCAACUACUAAGAACUGGUGGGAGGAUCCCGACGUUGUUGUGGCUUUCAAUUUACCACGUAUAAGUGCUGCCCUGGAGCGUUUAAUUGGCACAAAUGUGGUGCGUCUAACCGAUCACAAAUUUAUGAGUGAGCUGCGCCAGCGACUGGAAGAGGAAAGCCGCAUACAGCUGGAACGUCGCAUAAACGCAAGGGCGCUUCGCGAGGUGGAACGUGAGCGUCUCUUAAUCAUCGAAGGUAAAACUAACGAAAUACCCGCCGAACUGGCCGAUGAUCCAAUAUUUGUUGUCAAUAAAAUUGCGAAUAAAGAAAUCCAAAAGGAGCGUGCUAAGCUCAAAACCAAUCGUGAGCGUAAUGCGGAACGUUUAAAAGCGCAAGGCUCGAAAUGGGAACGCGAAAGACAGAAGUAUGUGGAGGAAGAACAAAUGCGCGUUGAAAAGAUAAAGGGGCGCAGCAAGCAGCAAAAUGAGCUUGAAGAACAGUACAAGUCCGAAGAUGCUGAACGAGGCAUGGAUUUAUUGCGCAUCGACAACGAAGAGUGGCGCGAGUGUGAACAGGACCUCAAGCGCUUUCUGGAGGAAGAGCGUGCCAAAAUGAAGGAGCGUUCGUUGCGUUUGCCGACACCGUUCACAUCGGAUAAAUUGGAUAUAUUGAAUAUUGUGCGUGCCAGGAAAAAAUUCCGCGAAGCCGAACAACGUAUAUGCAAAGAAUUAGAGGAGGGCGCCAAACCAAAACCUGUUGCUAAAGAUAUUAAACUCACCAAGGAGUUGGCGGAAAAGACGGCUGUCAUACAGAAGCAUGUACAGGAUAUCAUACAAGCCGAAACCGAAGGCAUCUUCGAACCGGCUAUAAGUAAAGAGGCGGCCAAAGAAAUGUCUGAGCGUGAGAAGGAAGAGCGACAACGGCGGAAAUAUUUGGAUGACGCCUCUGAUGUUUCCACUGAAUCGGAGAUCUACGAACAGGGCAGCACUAUAAGCCAAUCGAAACGACGCCAUGCAGCCGAGUUAGAGGAAGAAAUGGAGUAUGAUGUGGAGCGUGGUUAUCUCAUUUCCAAAGCGCAAUUUGAGCAGUUACGCUAUCACGAUGAUAAGAUACUUAUGCUACAGAAAGCAUCGGAUAUGCGUGAACUAUAUCAACUGGCCGAGGAGAUAAUAAUUGGCGAACGUGUUGAGGAAGAAGUUGUGGAGGAAGAAAUGGUGGAAGAGGAAGAGCAACCGAUUUACGAGGAAGAGGAGGAGGAGGAGCCCUUAGAUAACAAUUUCUAAUAGAUGAAUAUGAAAAUGCGCAAAUACUUCGCGAAUACACGCACACUCACUAAAUUUGUUGUAUUUGGGAAUAAUUAUAAGCGGGCUGGUUAGCAGCAGGGAAGAGUACGUAUGUAGUAUUGCAGAUGUAGGUGGCUGCCUUUGAUAAUAACAAACUAAAUUACUUACCAGCAUUUUUUAUGGUUAGCUGAGAGAGAAUAUGUGACCGAGUUUUCGAAAACUAAACUCUUUAAGCAAAGAUUCUGUAUGUUGUGCACUUAGUUAUAAGCGUGAGAUUAUAUAAUAACCAAAUGUAAAACUGAUUAACUCAACUUAUAACCAAUUAAAGCUUAUAAUGACACAUACAUACAAAUAUGAAACACUUAAAUCGAAUAAAAUUGUUUUGAGCUAAAUUUGCGAAAUAUCA